GCUUCUCUCUUCUUCACAACAACAAUCCACGAAUUGAACCUCCCACCCCCGCCUUUCUGCUCGUGAAAAUUUAGGUGGCCUUUUCAAUUCUCCUCUAACCGUCUCCGAGAAAGCGCAGAGUAAAAAUGGAGGAUGAUUGCCCAAGAAUCAAACGACGUUCCCUUAAAACCCAUCCCCAAUUCAACAAUUACUCCUUUUGGAAAGACAAGUUGAGAGAAAAUUGUUACAAAAGGGUACGAGAGGACCGGACUCGUUUGCUUUGGAAACUGCGGUCGCCUGCCGCCCAAUCUCUUAUUGACAAGGAGUUCAUCAAAUCUGCCUUUCAGGAAAUAGUUUCUGAUGAACUUAAAAAAAUUAAAGACUCAUCAUUAAGUGACUGUUUGGAAAUCUCAAAUUCUGUACCCAAAGCCACUGAUGAAUUAUGGGAAUACAGCGGUCUUCAAGAUGCUUAUCAAGGUGAAUGUGAAGAGGUAUUGUUAGAAAUGCAAAGAAUUUUUUAUGAGGAUCUCAGGACAGAACCAGCAAGAAAAGAACCAGAAGAUCAAAUAAAAACUUGGGAAGAUGAAGAAGAUGAGUACUUGGCACGUGCAGUUUCUGAGCAUAUGCAAUUGAAGGAUGAGCAGGUGCACAAGCAGAUUUGGUGCCCCAUCUGUAAGCAAGGAGAGUUGCAACAGAACCAUAAACUUAUUUAUUGCACCCUUUGCAAUCUUCAGCUCAACAGAGAUGAUGAGGUUAAUUUGGAUAAACUACGAGAUCGAUUAGCUGAAGCCCAUGAUGACCAUGUUGAUCGAGGAUGCAGAUUGAAACCCAAGUUUUGCCUAGAGACUAGAUUUGGUUUAACUGCAUUGUACAUCCUUUGUCAAGAUUGCAAUACUUUUGAGGUCGUCGUAUAGCUUCUUUCCUACUUCAUACUUGAAAGACAGGAUAAUAUAUUUCCAGGUUUUAAUGCUUUUCUCGUCAAAGUGUAUGCAUGUCUGAUGGAUUGAUUUUUAUGUCCUUAGUAUCCCCAAAAGAACCAUUUGUUUGAAUUGAUUUUAUGUAUAUACCUCACUUAAAAUAAGAAAUGAA